UAUUGAAACUCCGAUACUAUGAUGAGAUAAUGAGAUCUAAUGUCUGGCUAGUAGUGAAUGUCUAUAACUUUUAAGUAAACUAUAAGUUAGGACUAUAACUAAGUGACUGACUGUUGAUAAGUAAUAGUUUUAAUUGAGUUUAACAGUGAUUACACUACACUAGUGAUUGUAUUACUACUAGUAUUUAGUAUUAGUAGUGUAUUAUUUUUAAAUGAUUGGUAUCAUUACCAUUACGACUAACUUUGAUGUCAGUAUCGAUAAUAAUAAUAAUAAUGCUAAUGAAAGUCAUUUGGCCGGUUGUUAUGUUAUUGGCAUCACUGGUAGUGAUAGUCCAGUCGACUGAGACAACUACUGUAAUCAAUGGACAAACAGUUGUGGAUUUAACUCAUCCGCUCAAUAGUCAAACACUUCACUGGAUUGAUGCCCGAGAUUUUGAGCUUAAGAUCACUGUUAACGGCACAGUUAGACGGGGAGAGUCAAACAUUUGGGUACAGGCUGAUGAAAUAUAUAUGGCUACACAUACGGGCACACAUUUAGACGCUCCGUGUCAUUUUGCCCGAGGCAAGUGGUCAGUGGCCGACAUACCGAUUGUAAAUUUUGUCCAUCGGCCGGUUGCCCUAAUCGAUAUUGUCGACCAAUCGAUGGCCACCCGUGACUAUGAACUAUCGGUUCGUGAUAUUCACGAUUGGGAAAAACAAAACGGUCCAAUAGUUGACGGUUCGGUAAUAUUGGUACGAACCGGUUGGGCCCGAUUUUGGCCAAAAAAGUUGGAAUAUUUCGGUACGGAAACCAAAGAUGAAGCCCUACUACACUUUCCCGGCGUACAUCCUGAAGCCGCCCAAUGGAUUGUCGACAAUCGCCAGAUUAUGGGCAUCGGUAUCGACAGUCCGAGUAUAGAUCACGGCCAAAGUAAACAGUAUCGAUCGCAUCAGAUAUUUGCCCAGAAAAAUAUCUAUCAUUUAGAAAAUAUUGCUCAAAAUAUACACAAAUUACCAGCAGUGGGCGCCCACCUAACAUUAUUACCAUUGAAAAUAGAUGGGGCCAGCGGUACAUCGGUUAGGAUAAUCGCCGAAAUUGGUGUCGACAACACUAUGGCAUCGAUUUCAAACAGCCAACAAUGUUUUGCACCAAAUUUAUUACUAUUGCUAUCAUUUGUUACAUUAAGAUAUAUUAUCUCCUAAAUUAUCGUAUAUAUAUAUAUAUAUAUAUAGUAUCC